CAUUAUAAAAAAAUGCCGUAUAAACUGAGAGCAAGUCGGACCAGCGCAAAGGCGAAACAAGAUGAUAUUAAGAAGGAAGCCGAUACUACUACAGGUUCAGAAAACAAAAAAGUUGCGACAACUGAAAGCUGGAUUAAGCAAGAGUUGGACCCUCAAAGAUUAGCUCUUUUUCCUGAUCUUUUAGUGGACGCGUUAUCUAGUGGCGGUGUGCAACUGAUUCGUUGUGGCCAUCCCCGGACGGGGUCUCCAUCGCUGUUCGCCCUCGUGAAAAACAAGCCAGCACGUCUAUUUGAAUUAGUGUUUCAUUCGACAACUGAGGGCUUCUGCAGCUUUCUCAUUGAUCAGUCUGUGGAAAAGGAUGGUCGGCUAAUUACGGCAACACCCUUCGAUGCUCGAUUUCUUGUUCUUGACAAACUUCGCAAAGUAAACAAAUUCGUGGAGAUUUCUGACUAUUUCGAGGGCGAUAUGAUCCAGAUUGUAGACGGGUUAAAACUCGAUGCUAUUGCCGACACAAAAGAGGUCUGUGGGCGCCAGCUUGCAAAAUAUAACGAGGAACGGGUGCUGAAAUGGCUUGAAGCAAAGGUACAGCGUCUAGCAAAGGUGCUUCAAGAUAAGGAAAUUCCUUGUGGGGCCGUAGCAAGAAGCAAGUUACUCAAAAAAGAAAAGGAUGAAAACGAUAUCAGAUCAUACGAAGACUACAUAUGCUCGACUGUGGAAAUUGUGAGGGAAUACAUUGCAGAUGCCCUUGGCGAUUUACUGGAAAAACGGCUAGGAAUUGAUCGGAAACGGAGCCUUAAAGAGCGAGACAUUGACGCAAGUGACCAUACCAGUCCAAACCCGAAACGUAAAAAAAUCGACCAGGAACCGGCGGAGGACUAUAUGAAACAAACCAGUGUUAUCAACGAGACGAAAGCUACCCCCAAACUGACUGCAGCCCAGAAAAAGCUAGCGUCCUGUGACAAAACUGGCAUGAAAAGUAUUAUGAGCUUUUUCGGGAGAAAGAAUUAAACUGACAUGAAA